UUGACGCGAGACUAGACAAUAUUGGAGUCGCGAGAUUUCACCAUUCGUUUAGUUGAUUUGUGUGUAUGUGUGUUUUUAAGACUGAUGUUACUCGGUCAACACGUGGGGAUGAGAGGUUGACUUUAGACGGGGAUACGUAGGGGAAAAAAAAAUCUACAUUUCCAAUAUUGUUGUCACCGUAGCGGCACCGCGGAAUCUACAACAUAUUUCAGGUGUAGCUGCUAGUGUCCUGAGGAAAUGCCACUGAGGUUUCGCUCUGUUGUACCCUACACACUGCCUGGAGUACUUGCACUGAUUGGUUGGUGGUGGUACAUCUCACGGAAGAAAGUGCGGCUCAUCAGCCAUGACAGCCCAGAGGGGGCUGCAACCAUAAUGGGCCUUAGAACAUCCCAAACUAAUGGUAGCAAUGGUUUGGUUGAAAAAGGCAAUAUAUCCCCCAUAAAUGACAUAGAAAGCCCCACCCACAGAUGUCCUAAGAUCAUUAACCAGAGAACAGAAAAUAAAAAUAUUUCCCAGGUCCAUGUUCAGGAUGCUGAAGCAGCACAUUCACUGGAACAAAGUCCUGAAGAGGCUACCCCACAUCUUGCUACAGUAAGACAAAGGGAGAUUCUUAAGCCCUCUGUCUCACUUACAUCAACUGGCAAAGAAGACAACCUGCAGGUGUCACUGAAAGGCCAUAACGACUCAGAAAAAACCUCAUCACUUGUCAUGGCAACAAUGUUACAGAAGCAGCAAAUCAAAGGUCUAGCCUCUGCUCCAGAGGACACAAUGGAAGAGGUCAUCUUGCCUUGGCAGUCUAUUAGAGACACCAGCUCCUCCCCUACAACAGUUCAUCUUUCUGAUGCAGAGAGGCCUGAACCUGAGGGAGAAGUUGCAAAGAAUCACAUUACUAGUAAUACACAAGAUGAGAGAGUUGUUUGUGCAGUCACCCCAGCCAAAGUGCUCCCAUCAGUGAUCCCAUCAGAGGUGGACUCUUUAGACUCACCCCCUUUGGUGCAGGAUUACCAUCAACACAAAUUAACGAGCACACCUACUGCGCUGGCCCUUGCCUCCACAGCGCUGACCAUGGUUCAAGACUCGCUCACUAGAUCUGUGCCCACAGAUGACAUCCAAUUACACAGUAGCAGUGGAGAGGAGCAGGACCUAGAGCUUCUGGCAGCUGGACUUAUAACUGAGGUCAUCUCGGCAGCCACCCAGGAGGUCCUUGGUGUCACCAGCUAUCAGAUUACAGACAGCACCCAGCCCACAUGCAGUAGCAGCACACUAUUGGUUAAUGGUAGACUAUGCUCCCAACAUGAGCCCAGCACUUCAGCACAGCAGCAUCACCAUCUACUGACAAACCCCUGUAAGAUAGGCUAUGAAUAUAGAGAGGAAACACAAAGAGAAGAGCAAGGGAUGCCUAAUGGGUGCUCCUCAGCUCAAGAAUGGGAGCCCGUUGAGGUUAGUCAUAGAAUUCAUCAGACAAACAAUGAACAGAGACACACUUGGCCAACACUAUCACUCCAGGCAGCACAAAAUAUCCCUCUCCUAAACAUGAAACUGAAAGGUGAUGAAGCAGUUGUGCUGGCUGAAGAUUCGGCUUGUAGCACAUGCCAGUCUGAGGAUGGCAUAAGCAAUGAGGACCUCCAGACCAGCAUAUUUGAUAACCAAAUGGAUGUGAUCCAGGUUACAGACUUGUCAGUUCGAGAAUUCACACAGCCUCGGUCACUAGUUGAGACAACCACAGAGGAAACGGUUUUGGCUAUAAAUGAAAAAAGCUCAGUGGAUGCUGUAUGUGAGAUAAAGAGGCUGAAUGGAAAGGGCCUGAGGAACGGAGCUCAUGGGACAUGUGAUGUGGAGAUGGACCGUUCUGGAGGCUCUGAUGUGAAUAGUAUGGACUCUGUGGACAGCGGCUGCACUAUGGGUGCUGCGGAAAGCUCUUCAAACUCUGAGCUCAUCAUCUGGGAGAUUGAGGUGCCAAAGCAUCUUGUAGGGCGGUUAAUUGGGAAGCAGGGGAGAUAUGUGAGUUUCUUGAAGCAGAACUCUGGUGCGAAGAUCUACAUCUCUACUCUGCCUUAUACCCAAGAGUUCCAGAUUUGUCACUUAGAGGGUAUGCAGCAGCAGGUUGACAAAGCCUUGUCAUUGAUUGGGAAGAAGUUCAAAGAUCUGGAUUUGACAAACCUAUAUGCACCUCCAGCGCCUCCACUCACAUUGCCAUCACUUCCAAUGACCUCUUGGCUUCUGCUCCCCAGUGGAGUGACAGUUGAAGUGAUAGUGGUGAACAUUGUGUCAGCCGGUCACAUCUUUGUCCAGCAGCACACCCAUCCCACUUACCAUGCUCUGCGAAGCCUCGACCAGCAGAUGUUCCUCUGCUACUCCCAACCCGGUGCCCCUGCCCUACCCUCACCUGCUGAAGUUGGCGUGAUCUGUGCAGCUCCAGCAGUGGAAGGAGCCUGGUGGAGAGCACAGGUUAUCACCUUCUAUAAAGAAACAAAUGAAGUGGAAAUUAGAUACGUUGAUUAUGGAGGCUAUGACAGAGUAAAGAUCGACUCACUACGUCAGAUAAGGUCUGAUUUUGUAACACUACCAUUUCAAGGUGCUGAAGUUUUGCUCGACAACAUUGCUCCGCUUCCAGGAGAUGACCAUUUUUCACCUGAGGCAAUAUUGGCUUUGGAGGAGAUGACCAGAGGAGUGGCGUUGCUUGCACAGGUCUCAAGCUACGAUAAUACCACAGGCCUCCCACUGGUCCAUCUGUGGAAUAUGGUUGGAGAUGAGGUAAUUUCAGUGAACCGUAUGCUGGCAGAGAGGGGCCUGGGGUCUUGGGUGGAUGGAAUUUGAACUCCUGUUUUCUGAUCUCUUCAACCCCAAACAUCCCCUCAUUCUUGGUCAGCAGUUUGAAAUCCAGACACACCACUGUGUGCGUGUGCGUGUGUGUGUGUAUUCUUUCCCCUGCCCCAUUCUUUUCAAAACAAAUUUUUUUUUUGCAGGCAUAAUGUACAAGAACACAGCACUGCUUCAACAUAAGACAACCUUCUCUUGUUCUUGUAAACAAAAAAGAACUUUAAGGAUAAGAAGAUUACUUGUACAUUUUAAAGUGAAAUCUAUAUUGUAACUAAAUAAAUGUUCAACACGUA